AUGGUGCAGGCCUAUGGACCCGUGGCCACUCCGACCCGCCUCGACCCGCUCGUCUAUACUGUGGUGCACUAUUUCCAACAUCCGAACAUUUCUUUGCGGGUGGCGGCAGCUGUGUGCUUGGGCCGAAUGGCCAAGUACGUGCCACAGUUCUCCAAAAAGUUCUCCGCGUUGGUCAUGCCCGUCUUCAACGAUCGGCUGAAGGAUUCAUCGGUGAGCGUGCUGAUCACCACCUGCCGAGCGAUGACCUACUUUUUCCAGAACAAAUCGAGAAGCGAGGGCGUUGCCCCCAGGAACGACGACUUUGAGGACGAAAACGACGACGCGAAGGUGGACGCUGAAGACGAAGAGGAGCCAGAAGUGGACCAAUUCUUAAUGCCCCCGCCUGAAGCUCAGCUGGACGAGACCGAGGUCGAGGCCGACUCCUCGCAGCAGGAAAGCGAAGUGGUGCCACCGGCGGCGAGUUCCGUGUCACCACCGCCGAGCUCUCCCGAAGAGGACCAGUGGUCGGACCGCUUGGUCCAGGGGCUCACCGAACUGGUCAAGGAGGGAAGCGCCAAGGUCAAGGAGCACGCCGUCACGGCUCUCUUCAACAUCACCCAGCUCUCGGACACCGUUCUGAAGAAGCAUUUGCCGCGGCUGGUGGCGCUGUGCCUUGGCAUGCUCGACCGUAAGGUCGCGUUCGAUCAGGACGAAAAGACCAACCUGCGCACCAUCGGCCGAGUGUUUCGCUGCACCACCCAGGUUGGCACGCUCGCCGGGAAGGAGGAAUUCCAGGCCGACGCGCUCAAGUUCAUCAACGCUCUCAUCAGCCCCAACGACACGAUUGAGAGGCUCCUUGAUGUGACGCCCUCCUACGUGGCCAGUGCGCUCGGCCGGAUAGCCCUGUGUCUGCAGAUGGAUUUCGCACCCUACAUCGGCCUCUUCAUCAACGUGACGGAGAGGUGCAUCCCGCACGAGUGCGACGCCGUGCUCCUCAUGACCGAAGACCGACCGGUGGACAUGGACGGCUGGGAGGUCGCUGAAACCGUGGACGACUUUGGCGGAGUGCAAAAGGUGUACGUGUAUAAGCGAGACAUCAGGGACAAGAGAAUAGCCAUCAACGCGCUGGGCAGCGUCAUCACCAUGGCUCAGCAUUUCCUCCCCUACAUCAAGCCCGCACAGUACAUGCUGCAGCGCGUGCUGCGGCUGGUGGACAACAACUUCGAGGUGAUGGGCGUGAAGGAGCUCUCGUUCUGCCGGCGCAUUCCAUCGUUCAUCCGGCUCUACGAACGCGCCAAGUCCGCGCAGAACAAGCAGACCGACGAGGCCAAGCUCGCCGCGCUGAAGGCCACGCUCGACGCCUCCGCACGCGCCGCGCGAGCCCUUCUGCCGGGCAAACCGAAUGACGACGGCGUCGACGAUCUCGCCGCGCUUCUUCAUCAACUUGUCCAGCAGCCGCCACACGAAGCGCGACAAGCCGAGGAAACGACGACAGACGGCGAGGAGAAAGAGAAGGGGAAGGAAAAGCAGCUGGCUGUCAACGAUGAGGCAGAUAAGAAGGAGGGCAAUGACGAUGAGUUCGCGGAGCCCGACGCCGUUACGCUGCUGAACUUGGUCGAGCCUCUGUGGCAAGACCUGGCCAACGCUUGGGAAAGAGUGCAGGAGCCCAAGAAGUCGAUGGAGCUCUUCGUCCUAUGGGAGGAGAUAUUGUCGACAGCCAAGGGCGAAUGCUUGGGCGUGGAGGAGGUGCACGCCACGGCCGAGCAUCUCCUCUCGGUCCUCUACGACAGUGAUCACUACAUGGACUUCGAAGGCGAGGAAAUUGGCGAAGGGGCCUCUUUUCUGGCGGGCAGCCUUAUUCCCGAGGUUAUGGAAGGCCUGCUGCAGUACCACCCCAAAGCCUUCGACGGGCCAUUUUUGAUGAAUCACGUCAUACCCAGCCUGCAAAACGUUCUCCAAGACACGCCAUUCCCGGCCACGCAGCAGGGCUGUUUGCUGAUGUUGGACAGCGUGCUGGACUACAUGCCGCAGCCUGCGUACGUCACCUGA